GCAAUCCAAAAUGGCGUGGCAGCCGAAUGAAGAUGGACUUCGACAGAUUUUACAGCUUCUCAGGGAGUCCCAAUCACCUGAUACAGCCACGCAAAGAGAAGUACAACAAAAACUAGAAGAACUCAACAAAUUUCCAGACUUCAACAACUAUUUGAUUUUCGUGUUAACUAAAUUAGAGACAGAAGAUGAACCUACGAGAUCCCUCAGUGGUUUGAUUUUGAAAAAUAACGUCAGAGCUCAUUAUGAAAAAUUCCCGAGCGAAGUGACAGAAUUCAUCAAAGCAGAAUGCCUGACGAGUAUAGGGGACAAGUCACCGCUGAUCAGGGCUACAAUCGGUAUCCUCAUUACAACGAUUGUGUCCAAGGGCGAGCUUCACAACUGGCCAGAUCUUCUACCACGAUUAUGUCAACAUCUCGACUCGGAAGAUUACAACGUCUGCGAGGGAGCGUUUGGUGCCCUACAGAAGAUCUGCGAGGACUCGUAUGAAGCGCUAGACUCCGAUGCUCUCAACCGCCCACUCAACCAUCUCAUCCCAAAGUUCUUACAAUUCUUCAAACAUAGUAGUCCGAAAAUCAGGUCACAUGCGAUCGCGUGUGUCAACCAGUUCAUCAUCAGCAGAACACAGGCGUUGAUGCUCUACAUUGACACAUUCAUUGAGAACUUAUUUGCACUAGUCUACGACGAGGACCCAGAGGUUCGCAAGAACGUAUGCCGGGCGCUCGUCAUGCUGAUCGAUGUCCGUAUGGACCGACUCAUACCACACAUCAACAACAUCAUCGAGUACAUGUUACUCAGAACCCAGGAUGAAGAUGAAGGUGUGGCAUUGGAGGCGUGUGAGUUCUGGGUGGCUCUGGCCGACCAGCCCAUCUGUACAGAGGUUCUCCCCCCUCACAAGGAAGCCCUCAUCCCUGUGCUCGUACAGGGGAUGAAGUAUUCAGAAAUUGACAUCAUAUUACUGAAGGGCGACGUAGAGGAAGAUGAAUCCGUACCUGACAGGGAAUCGGACAUCAAACCUCGCUUCCAUAAAUCCAAGACUCACAGUCAGAAGAGACAAGGAGAUGGCGACUCUGAUAAUGACGAUGAUGACGGCCUCGAUGAUGAUGAGACGUUAUCAGACUGGAAUCUUAGGAAGUGUUCAGCGGCAGCCCUCGAUGUCCUUGCCAACGUGUUCCAUGAGGAACUCCUCCCGGUGUUGCUGCCCAUCUUGAAGGAUCGUCUCUUCCACAAUCUGUGGGAAAUCAGGGAAUCUGGCAUCCUCGUCCUUGGAGCCAUAGCAGAAGGUUGUAUGAAUGGGAUGGUUCCCCAUCUCCCCGAGCUCAUUCCCUACCUUAUCAAUUGUCUCUCUGAUAAAAAGGCACUUGUACGAUCGAUCACAUGUUGGACGUUGAGUCGUUACGCCCACUGGGUCGUCGGACAGCCCCAUGAUCAGUAUCUCGAGAAGCUUAUGACAGAGCUUUUGAAGAGAGUCCUUGACACCAACAAGCGAGUCCAGGAGGCCGCCUGCUCAGCGUUUGCCACCUUAGAAGAAGAAGCGUGCACCGAACUUGUUCCCUAUCUUUCAUUCAUCCUCGAAACACUUGUAUUUGCUUUCCAGAAAUAUCAGCAUAAGAACUUGCUCAUCCUCUAUGAUGCCAUAGGAACACUGGCAGACUCUGUGGGCCAUCAUUUAAAUGAACCGGAAUACAUCAGUAUGUUGAUGCCGCCACUCAUUCGCAAGUGGAACGUGUUGAAAGAUGAAGAUAAGGACCUGUUUCCAUUGUUAGAGUGCUUGUCUAGCGUUGCUACAGCGUUACAGUCAGGCUUUCUACCAUACUCAGAGCCGGUGUUUAGACGAUGCGUGUCAUUAGUAGAACAGACCCUUAGUCAGAAUUAUGUAAGUGAUAACUAUGCAAAUCAAAGAAACCCAGAGCAGUUUGAGGCCCCUGAUAAGGACUUCAUGAUCGUCGCCCUGGACCUACUCAGUGGCCUGGCCGAGGGCUUAGAACACCAUAUAGAAUCACUUGUGUCGAAAAGUAACAUUCUCAAGCUGUUAUUUCAAUGUAUGCAGGACCCUAUGCCAGAAGUUCGACAGAGCUCAUUUGCCCUCCUUGGUGAUCUGACUAAGGCUUGUUUCCAGCAUGUGUUGCCAUUCAUUGGUGACUUCAUGCCGAUCCUCGGUGCCAAUCUAAACCCCGAGUUCAUCUCGGUGUGUAACAACGCCACCUGGGCGAUAGGAGAGAUAUCGAUCCAGAUGGAAUUACACAAAGAAAAGGUUAGCGGGACGAAUACCCCAGGUGCCGACAUGCGCCCUUAUAUUCCAUUGGUUCUUACACAUCUGAUUGAGAUCAUCAAUCGACCGAACACACCCAAGACGCUCCUAGAGAAUACCGCGAUAACAAUUGGUCGCCUUGGUUUAGUAUGUCCACAAGAAGUCGCCCCUCUGUUGCAACAGUUUAUACGGCAAUGGUGCACAUCUCUGCGCAAUAUCAGAGACAACGAAGAGAAGGACUCCGCGUUUCGUGGGGUCUGUCACAUGAUCAGUUUCAACCCUGGCGGAGUCGCGCAAGACUUCAUCUUCUUCUGUGAUGCUGUUGCAUCAUGGGUAAAUCCAAAAGACGACCUUAAGCAAAUGUUCUUCAAGAUCUUGCAUGGCUUCAAGAGCCACUAUGGCGAGGAGUACUGGGGUCGAUUUGCCGAGCAGUUUCCUUUACCACUGAAGGAGCGCUUGGCGGCCACCUAUGGCGUGUGAGGGAUCCAACCACAAUCACCAGGGGAAUCAGGGUCAAGGGACUUGCCAUCAUAGAGCCACAGGGCCACCCAGGGACAGCGACCACCAACCAGGGGAGGGGGGACACCCUCUUGCAUCGAUGCUCAUCGGUUAUCGAACUAUCAUCAUUGCAGGAUACUAUUGGACACCCGGGAGGUCAAUAGGUCAAUCAGGUCAUCAUAGCGGGUGGGACCAUGGGCAGGGUUAGGUCAUACUGGGCUGCCGGGCUGGGCAGGGAGGGAGAUGAUUGGAGGAAACCAGAUCGCCACGAUUAUGUGCGAGAUGGCUGGGACAUCGGGCAGGUUUGUGCGGGUAUACAACCCCAGGGUCAAAUGAUUUAAACCCAACCUUAUGAACUGCUGUUUACUGGCGUAUUAGUUUGGUUCAGGUUCGAUUCAAUGACACUGGGGGUUCUGGGAUACUGGGAGAUUACAUCAUCGGGAAACAUCGAGAUUUACUGGGUUACUAUGGAGUUAAAGGGAAACUAACUGGCGUCAUUCGGGAAGUUAUUCCAAGAUUAAGAAACUGGGUGUACAUACCUUAAGAUUUUUGGCAACAUCAACAGUUUAGAAGUAGGUGAUAUCGUACUUUGAGGUUAAUUUCUAACGUGGUGGAUUUGCAGAUAUAGUGUUAUUAUUGUACCUAGGAUGUCCAGUUGUCGCGGUUGUGUGGCUUUUAUCUAAAUUUCAUUAUUAGCUUGUGCUGAUUGUAUGUUGGACUUUGACAUUAUAUUUAGAUUCCUGUCCUCUUAUGCUAGAAAGAUGUGCUCUUACAACAGUCAUACUCGUAAGUCAAUCAUCCUGACUCAUAGGGAUUUGUAUCACCUCAUAUUUCACCAGCUUAGAACCCCUGGUUAUGAUUAUCAGUUAAGGUUAAAGGCAUUGGCCUAUUCGUAUGGUAGUGUGAGUCCACUACGUGCUACUUUCCUCCUGUUCGUUGCUUGAACAUGUCUCGCAUCCACUGCACAGCCUCGACAACUGGAUAUGACCAAUGUUAACAUGUUCACCCUACUUAGUAAGCACACCAAUGUUAAGCGAUCGGAAAGCCAAGUUUGCAGAGAAGUCACACGUAACACAUGAAUUUAGAACAAAGAAGUUCCUACCCAAGUGUAGGCUACAAAGGUGCCAUUGUCACUCCUUUCGUCGAAGGAGACUCAUAAAAUGUAGCCAAGUGACUUCUCUGUAAACUCAGCCUGAGAUCUUUUUUUCUGAAGCAAAGAAAUUGUAGCAUGGUCAGAUGUGUUUCUUGCUUGUAUCGUACCGUCAUGUAACCUAGGAAUGCCCAAAUAAGGCUCUGCUUUGCAUAAUUCUCCAAAGAAAUGUCGCGUGAGAAAAAUCGAGGCCUCUGGUCGAGGUGAGCCAAUGACUGAAGUCAACAGUUAGUCGUUACAAUAAUUAGUCAGAUGAUCUCAUAACUGGUUCGAGUGUGAUUCAGUUUUGUCGGAGUUGUGUGAUCAGUUAGAGACAGAAUCUGUUGAAAUCUUGCGGAUAAGAACUGAGGAAGAUUUCACUUCAAGAAGUGGGAGAAAUAAUGUGAGUGAACUUCCAUGGAGUUAGUAUGGUUGAAGUGAGAUGUCUUGGAAAGAUCAAUCCAUGGAAGGAUGAUGUCAGUUGUCUGACUGAUAGACAUGAAUGGUAAUGAGGCAUUCCGCUAUCAUUUGAGAAGUAAUCAAUGUAAUUAACUAAUUAGUCAUGCAUAAUAGAAUUCGUAGUGAAGAGUACCAUUCAACCGGUCAAGGUCAGAAGGUAUUGCCUGGCAACUCAUUUGGGUCUCCAUGGUAACAAUUGCCUUGAAUGGCCGCAUUCGACCUUGACCUCAUGGUGUUUACUUGUUCUUCAUGCCAUACAUCACUAUCCUUUUAUUUCAUGUAAUGUUUUAUCAUAACAAUGUGUUCAAUUUACUUCAUUUCACACGUCUUUGAUUUCUCAACUUUUGUUCUACCAAUUCCUCGUGCAUGGAAUUUUAUAUAGAAAAAAUGCCUACUGUCUCGGUGACCUACAUCAGAUAACAGUAAUGCCCGGAAUUCUUUGUACGUUGAUUUGGUCGUUUUGAAAUUCACAAGAUGUUGGAAGCCUAUUUUUAGUCUUAGCUGACUCUGAUUAAUGUAUGCACCAGUCCUAUGUAUCAUUUCCCAUAA